AUGGCCACCUGCGACGCCACCACCAUGGUCUGCUUGGGCACCGACUGUCUCGUACCUCCCAGCAACUACAAUCAGACCCUCAGUACGGUGCUGAGCACCGUGCUCACCGUCAUGAUGGCCAUUGUCAUGUUCUCCAUGGGCUGCACGGUGGACGCCAGGAACCUGUGGGGCCACUUGAAGAGACCCUGGGGCAUCAUCAUCGGCUUCCUCUGCCAGUUUGGCCUCAUGCCCUUAAUCGCGUUCCUCUUGGCGCUCGCCUUCGACGUGCUGCCAGUGCAGGCGAUUGUGAUCAUCAUCAUGGGCUGCUGUCCUGGUGGUUCGGGGUCGAACAUCAUCUGCUACUGGCUGGACGGAGACAUGGACCUCAGGUAA